AAACAAACAUAAGCUCUCAUUUCUCUCACUUGAUUCUCUGUUGCUUCUUCGUCUUAGAAAUAGAAACUUGUGAUUUGGGUCUAAGAGGUGCUUGUUUGUGAAAGAUUCUGAAAGAAAAACCAGUGAAUUGAAGAGAAGAAGAUUUGUUAUUGAAGAUUGAUUUGAACAGAAAAGCUUGAAUUUUUUAUAUAUAAAUAUCUUUUGAAUUAGAUGACAAUGAAUCCACACCUUCUGGGAUUUACUGGUUCAACAAAUGAAGACCGUUUGGGUAAUCAAUCUUUGCCAAUUCUGCAGAAUCAGAGAUUUGCUACUGGACCCAGAUUUGGAAAUGCUUUAUUUGAUCAGAAUAGGGGAUUUGAUUAUCUUCAGUCUGAUCCAAUACCUGCUAGUACACCUUCAUCCUCUACUCUGACCCAUGAGGAGCAUUCUCCAGAGGAUUGUGAUUUUUCUGAUGCAAUUUUGAGUUACAUCAGUCAGAUCCUUAUGGAAGAAGACAUGGAAGACAAGACAUGCAUGCUUCAAGAAUCUUUAGAUCUUCAAGCAGCUGAGAAACCGUUCUAUGAGGUGCUGGGUGAAAAGUAUCCACCCUCACCCAUAGGAAACCCUAGUCUUAUCAAUCAAAAUGAUGGGGUUGGAGAUAAUAAUUUCUCUGGAAAUUAUGGUAAUUGUCCUGGUACUAAUGGUUAUCUGAAUAGCAUUUUUACAGAUAAUUUCUUGCUCCCAAACUCAGUUGACUUUCCUCCAGAAAGUGUUCAAGGUAAUAAUAGCAUUUCGCAGUCAUCUUAUAGCACUUCCAAUAGUGCAAUUAGUAGUGUGGAAGGGCAUUUAGACUCUCCAGACAGUAUUCUUCAGGUCCCUGAUCUGAGCAGUGAGAGUCAAUCCAUUUGGCAAUUUCAGAAGGGUGUUGAGGAGGCUAGUAAGUUUCUUCCGAGUGGAAAUGGGCUGUUUGCUAAUUUGUUAUCGAUACAGCCAAAAGUGGAAAUGGAUCAAUUGUCAGUUAAGGUGGAGAAGGAUGAGAGGGAAUGUGUUCUUGGUGGAUCCAAGGGAAGGAAGCACCCUCACAGAGAAGAGGGAGAUGUUGAAGAAAAUAGAAGCAGUGAUGGUAAAGAGCAUUAUGUGGCUCGUCGUGAGGCUUUGCAGAAUAAGACAAACAAGACAGCAUUGCCUAAUGGUCAAUCAAAAGCUUCCAAUAGAGGGAAGGGACGAGGUAAGAAACAAAGUGGGAAAAAGGAGGUGAUCGAUUUGAGAACACUUCUGGUCCUUUGUGCUCAAGCUGUUGCAGCAGAUGACUAUAGGAAUGCGCAUGAGUUGCUAAAGCAGAUCAGGCAGCACUCAAGCCCUUUUGGAGAUGGAAAUCAGAGGUUGGCUCAUAUCUUUGCAGAUGGUCUUGAGGCGCGCUUGGCUGGUACUGGAAGCCAAAUUUAUAAGGGACUUGUUAGUAAAAGAACAACAGCUGCUGAUGUUCUAAAAGCUUAUCAUCUAUACCUUGCUGCCUGCCCUUUUAGGAAAAUUUCUAAUUUCACCUCAAACGUCACAAUAAGGACAGCUUCUGCAAAUUCAAUGAGGGUCCAUGUUAUAGAUUUUGGUAUCCUUUAUGGUUUUCAGUGGCCCACCUUUAUACAGCGACUUUCAUGGAGAACAGGAGGGCCACCAAAGCUUCGGAUUACAGGAAUAGACUUCCCACAACCUGGUUUCAGGCCCGCAGAGAGAAUUAUAGAAACAGGACGCCGUUUGGCAGCUUAUGCUGAUUCCUUUAAGGUUCCAUUUGAGUAUAAUGCCAUAGCAAAGAAAUGGGAAACAAUUAAACUUGAAGAACUCAAGAUUGAUAGGGAUGAGUUCCUUGUUGUCACUUGUUUAUAUAGAGGUAAGAACUUGCUGGAUGAAUCUGUUGUAGUGGACAGUCCAAGGAAUAAUUUCCUCAGUUUGAUAAGAAAGAUCAACCCAAAUAUAUUCAUUCACGGCAUUAUGAAUGGGGCGUUCAAUGCCCCUUUCUUUGUUACCCGAUUCCGGGAGGCACUCUUUCACUAUUCAUCACUUUUUGAUAUGCUUGAAUCUAUUGUGCCUCGGGAGGAGUGGGAGAGGAUGCUAAUUGAGAAAGAGAUAUUUGGAAGGGAAGCACUGAAUGUUAUAGCUUGUGAAGGCUGUGAAAGAGUAGAGAGGCCAGAGACAUAUAAACAGUGGCAAGCACGAAUUAUACGGGCUGGGUUUCUGCAACAACCUCUUGAUCGUGAGACAGUGAAGUUGGCAAUGGAGAAAGUAAGAACUGGCUACCACAAGGAUUUUGUAAUUGAUGAAGAUAGGCCAUGGUUAUUGCAAGGUUGGAAGGGGCGUAUCAUUUAUGCCCUUUCUUGUUGGAGACCUGCAUAACACACCAAGAUAGUACAAUACAAAGGUAUUUCACUAAGGCUUUGUGGAUUAGUUUGACUACUGAGGACCUCAGGUACUUCAGUUACCCCAUUUAUCAGUUCUAUUUCACAAUGUAGUUUUUUCUUUUUUGUCAUUGUUGUUCAAUGCAUUUUGAAGGAGAACCUUGGUACAAUAGUUGGUGUUGUCAUCUUAUGACCUAGAGAUCACAUGUUCGAUUCAUGUAAUCAGCCUUUUGUAAAUGCAAGUUAAGGCUACUUACUAUAACCCUUCCGUAAACCAUGCGCAGAGCAGGAGCUUUAUAGUACUAUGUUUUUCAAUGCAUUUUGAAAUUAAUUAUAUGCUAAUAUGACAACUGAACAGGGAACGCCAAAUAUGUAUGGUCAAAUGAUCUUGAGCAAAUGUUCAAGCUGAGAGGUCAGUCGGGUAAAACAUGAGUACCGAGUACCCUGUUUGGAUAGCAGAGUUUAUUUUAACUAUUUGUCAUCACAUAUGCCAUAGAUCUUUAGAAGUUUGUAGUUUGAGGAUGUUAUCUAAAAAAACAAUCAAUUUUAGCAAUGUGGAUUACUUUGCCAUGUAAUACGAGCUAUUGCUGAUUUUGUGGUAUCUAUCUUGAUCCUUCUGCUAGUUUACUUGCUUAAUAGGAGAUGUGAACUUGUGAAACUUGUAAACGGAAUUUAGCAAACCUUAAGU